AUCUGACGCUAACUUCAUCAGUGUACAAAAUGGCGCACUACAAGGGAGCUGCCAGCGAAGCGGGUCGUGUAAUGCAUUUGAUGAAAAAGAGAGAGAAGGAGAAGGAGAAAAUACAACAACUAAAACAAAAAAUAGAACAGGAUAACUUUGCUAAAGUCGCUACAAUCAGUCAUAAGUUUGCUUCUCAUUAUGAUGCGGUGGAGCAGCAACUUAGAACAGAAACUGUCGGGCUGGUGACACUGGAUGAAAUGAAGAAAAGAGACGAUCUUCUGAAGGAGAGAGAAAAAGAGCUUGCGAAAGCUGCACCAAAGUCUAAAUUAGUGGAAAAACGUAACAAAGAAAAACAGAAACAAAAACAAAUGGCAGCUUUGUCAUUUAACCCAGAGGAAGACGAAGAUGAGGAUGAAGAUAACAGAAAUGAUACUGAUAGUGAUGAUGAGGUGGACCUUGAACUACAACCAGUAAUCAAGAAGAAGAGGAAACUUGGUAAAAAUCCAGAUGUCGAUACCAGUUUUCUGCCCGAUAAAGACAGGGAGAUGUGUGAAAAUGUCAUUCUGAUUUAUAUUACCAGAUCAUCUACUGUUGAAAAUCUAAUGUACGUAAAAGAAGAUCUAAUAAUUCCACACCAUUACAGUUUUUAUGAUUUCAUCGUUACAAAAGCCAGGGGUAAAAGCGGUCCACUGUUUAAUUUUGAUGCUCAUGAUGAUGUUAGACUAGUUAACGAUGCUACAAUAGAAAAGGAUGAGUCCCAUGCUGGUAAAGUGGUGUUAAGAAGCUGGUAUGAAAGGAAUAAACACAUAUUUCCAGCAAGUAGAUGGGAACCCUAUGAUCCAGAAAAGAAAUGGGACAAAUACACAAUAACUGAUGGGAGAGCGUGAAAUCUGGUCCUAUGUGGUGUGGUUCCCACAAGAUCUCACCCUCAUCAAAUUUGUUUAUGGACAUUUUAAAGUGAAACCAAGUUUGCAAAAAUGCAACUUCAACGUGUAUUCUAUAAUGAUCAAAUGAUUGCAAUGCUUUACUUGUUCGUAUCACAGUAGAUGAAGGUCAAGGUAUACAAGGCGAAAUGUCUGCCCAUGACUCGGUCGUAAAACUUUUUCUUGUGGUUACAAUACAGUUUUUACCUAAUUUCUUUCUUUAGAUAUGAUAUUUAUAUGUGUUCUAUGUAUAUUUUUCAAGAUAUCAUUUAAAUUUCACUUAAAAUAUUCUUCUUGUUGCAAAAAGCUGAUCUAUCUUAUCAUCUUCAAUUAGAAUAAGUAUAAAUAAAGUGAACAUUACAGUGCA